GCACAAAAUUAUGGUAUAUAAAUGCUAGGUUUAUUGUGUUUAAUUAAAAAAUUUUACUAAAGUACCAACAAUGUGGAUCAUUUUAAACGUACUUGUUUUAUUUAUUGCUGCUGUUAACUCAGCACACUUAAAUGAUACCAAUGCACCACCAUAUAACGUAGUGUGCUAUUAUGGCGUGUGGGCAUGGUACAGGGAUAACCAUGGUGGUCGUGGCAAGCCUGGAAAUGGAGGUCAUGGACAAGGAUCUGGAUUUGGGUGAUACAGAAUAUAGUAGUGGAGAGCCAUGGGGUUUAGGUAUGUUCCGUCGAGUGAAACACUUGCGUGAUGUCAACCCUAAUAUGAAAGCCAUUAUAUCUAUCGGGGGUUGGAAUGAGGGGUCAGACAAGUACUCAAAGAUGGCCAGUAGUCCGGACUCACGGAAAAAGUUUGUCGACUCAGCCCUAAAAUUUUUGCAAACAUAUAAUUUCGAUGGACUCGAUGUGGACUGGGAGUACCCGGGCUUUAAGGCCAUCAAAGAUGCCGACAGAACCCCCGGUAAUCCUAAAGAUAAGGAGAACUUCAUCGCACUGUUACGUGAGCUCCGGGAUGCCCUCAAACCACACAACUAUUUACUGUCAGCGGCUGUAAGUGCGGGCAAAAAGACGAUUGACGUCUCGUAUGACGUGAAACAGUUGAAUGAGUUGUUGGACUUCAUUAACGUAAUGGCCUAUGAUUUUCAUGGAGGUGCCUGGGAUAAUAAGACAGGACAUAACGCUCCCCUAUAUCCCGAUCCUAAAGCCUCUGAGGAGGACAAGCAGUUGACGGUAUCGUAUGUCAUUCCCAAUAUAGAUUGGAACGGUUUUUCUAAGAAAACCACAUGA